GCCUGGGUCGCCGGCCUACAUGCACCGAGUCCACGAGCCCCCACCGGCCCCCCUGGCCCCAUCAUCGCCUUCGCCGCCGUCGCAGUCUAGUAUCCCUCCCGAUCUCCGACGAGCUGUCAGCCUCAGCGAUGGCUUCUCCCGCGCACUCGGCACCCCAUCGCCCACGCCUGCGCUUUCGACGGCCUCUCCGCGCGCCGCCGCCGAGGCUGACUCCCACCUCGUCCUACUCCCGCCGACCCUCGGCUCUCCAGGUGUCACAAUUCAGAAGUGUAGCCUCAAAACCCGCAUGGAGGCGUGAUCCCGUUCAAAUUGCCACAGCAUUCGAUGAUGAUCCUGGGGAUUUCUCACUGGCACAUGAUGAUGGAGACGAGGGUUUUGGUGUUGCUCCAUAUUCAAGUGAGAGCGAAUGGAGUGAUGAGGAGGUUGUGCUAACUGCAUAUGGGGAUGUUGAGUUACCGGUAACGAGCAAGAGCCGGGCAGAGGGAGCUAUAACCGUUGCCACCCAUAGGUUCGCCAUGAUUGACAAAGGGCAUAGGAAGAGCAGAACUCAACAAGGGCUGAUGAAUAAUGUUGGACUGGCUGCUUUCUUAGCAAUGUUACUUUUCUUUGUCGACUGGUGUUCUUGGAGGAUUGUUAGACUACCUCUGGACUCCUUUUACUUGACACGCCCUUUUUUAAUAUCAGCAGUUCUAUCAGCACUUGCUGGAUUUCUUUUUGCACCAGUUGCUGAUAGCUUGAAGAUCCACCAUUUUCGGAGGAGAGGAAAGUCUGUUUCCCCAUCAUGUAGAAAGCCAACCCCAGCAAUGGGAGGAUUGUUCUUCGUUCCUGUUGGUAUUUUUGUUGCAAGAAGAGAGGUUGGUUCCAACUCAAAUGGAGUAAAUGGAGCAGCUAUGAUAACCCUAAUAUUUGCGGUGGUUGGAUUGCUUGAUGAUAUUUCAGGUCUUGCAACAGAUCCAAAUCGUAAAAUACCUCAAUGGAUAAAGUUCUUGGUUCAGAUUGUUGCUGGGAUUUACUUCUCUAUCUGGUUGGGUUCUGCAGAUAUUUUGACACCAUAUAGCAUGAAAUUCCUGGUUCCUUUGCCUCCUCCUCUUGGCCUUGCAUUCAUGGGGAAAGUUUAUCUGGUUCUGGCUGCAACAUGUUCUCUUUCAAUGGGCACCGCAGUAACAUUGGUUGAUGGUCUUGAUGGCUUGGCUGGUGGUAUUGCCGCUUUAGCACUCAUAGGAUUGUCUAUUGCUGCUCUCCCUAUUUGCCCCGACUCAGUGUUUUUGGAGCAUCAAUAUCAGGCGCUUGCACUGGCUUUCUUUUUCACAACAGAUAUAGAGCCUCAAUAGUUAUGAGCCAGGUCGGUUCUUUUGCACUAGGAGGAGCAGUUGCUACAAUUGCAGCAUGCAGUGGAAUGUUUCUUCCAAUGUUAAUUGCAUGCAGUCUCUUCUUUAUUGAGCUACUGUUUGCAAUAUUGCAGGUUCCUUUUCAUAUGGCCGCAAAUUCUUUCCGUGGAACAAACAGAUAUCCCCUGCAAAUUCGUCCCUCGCAUUACUACCUCAGACUGUGGGGCAUAAAGGAACCUUAUAUCGUGGCGGGUGCAUACAUGAUAUCAUGCUUUUU